UUUUUUAAUGUGCAGAGUUAAUAAAACAAAGAUCGAAUGAACAUUCACUGCAGUACCGCGGCUGGAAGGGAAGCUAUGGAAGACCACAUAGGUUGCUCAAAUUUAUAGGAUGGUAGCACACAGCAAGGUGGAAGCAGAUAAUGCAGUUGCAAACAGAAGAUGUCCACAUCUGGAAAUCCCAGUCCGUGACCAUUCACAAAUCCAUCCUGCCAGACACAUCCACCAUAGCCCUGGACGUCCCCUUCCUGCUAUCCUGUUCAGUGACACUCAUUUCAGUACCUUUCACUCUAACUUUGAGUUUGCUGUUAUCACAAAGACCAGCAGCUUGCUGGAUGACUGUGGAUUCUACUGGGGACCCAUGACAGUGAAGACUGCUCAUGAGAAACUAAAACCAGAGCCAGUGGGUACUUUUCUUAUUAGAGACAGCAAGCAAAAAAAUUGCUUUUUUGCAAUUAGUGUUAGAACUGCAACAGGACCUAUUAGUAUAAGGAUUAUCUUUCAAGCUGGGCAAUUUAGUUUGGAUGGAAGCAAAGAGUCAUUUAACUGUCUUUUUCAACUAGUGGAACAUUAUUUGACUUCCCCAAAAAAGAUGUUAGUCGUACCAUUAAGAAAAGUUAGGUUGAGACCUUUGCAAGAACUCUGUCGAAAAAGCAUUUUAAAAACUUUUGGGAAGGAAAACUUGGACAACAUCCCUAUCAAUAGGGUUUUAAAGGAAUAUCUAAAGUUGUUCCCAUUUUGCAUAUAACAAAAUGGGCAUGCGCAACUAAAGCAACAAGAAUGGACAUAUGACAAUUUCGGC